AUGUGUGGUGCCAAGGAUCAGCCUUAUGCAAGACCAACAAGCACCUUGCUGCUGUACUGCCUCUCCAGACCCCACAAGUACUUGCAGUACUUCAUUCAAGAACAGUUUGAUUAUAAUGUGCUUUCCUUGAAAGAAUCAAAGAAACUUCUGACUAUAAUUCUCAAAACUAUAGUAAAAAUUAGUAAAAUAGCAGGGAAACAAUUGCUUUUUUAUUUUGAUGCAUCAUUAGACAUCAUUAACGUGACUCAAAAAAUUUUUGGCGCCAAUAAAUACAGGGAAUUUACCAAAAAACAAAGCUUUUCAAUUGCUAAAACAUCUGUGCAUGUAAUUUUUGAUGAAAGUGGAUCACAGAAUCCAGUGCCAAAAAGUCAAAACUCUCCAGUAAGAGAUCUGUCCAAUCUGAAAGAAAAAUCUGACUCCCAAAUCGAAAUUGCUAAACUUCUGAAAUGUACCAAAAACAGCCUUCAUGGGGAGAGCAAAAAUAAUCAACCUCAGAUCGUUAAACAUAGAAAAAGGAAAAUAUCUGAAGCAUCAAUAAUUGUUCCUGGUUCGGAUAGAUACACUGUGAGAAGUCCAAUAUUUUUAAUCAACACACCAACAGAACGAAGAAAAAGAAGUAAAUCACCAGUGCCAGUGAUGAGAUCUAUAGAAAAACCUGAUCUAUGUAGAACAUUGGAAAACAAAGUGGAUAAUGCAGUAUCAAUGAAAUCUAGACCAUCUGAAGGAAGAAAAAGAGACAAUAUUUCAGACAAACUCAUGAAACCUGCACAGAUUGUUGGAAAGCAAACAGAAAAGGAUAUUGAAAGCCCAAACCAAAGUUUCAAUGAACUCUCUGAUAUGCCUCCUGAUUCACAGACAGUGGGAAAAAUAGGAGAGUCGAUGUUACCUGGUGUUUUGAACAGCUGUGGAAAUAAGAUGCAGUCUAAACUGGCAUGUUGGACCCCUAUAAUGAAUAUUAAACUAUGUAAAAAACAACAAGAAAGUGCUUCAUCAGAAGACUCUUUCAAUCAAGAAAUUGUUCUUAACAAAAAUCAUACUAAAGAAAAAUCAUCCACUUCAAUAUCUGAUGAUAAUUAUGAAGAGACAGAAAGGAUGCCAGAGAGGAAAGAAAUAAUGAAGCAAAGCAAAAAAGAGAAAGCAGAAAUAGAAGAUUUGGAAAGAAACUGUCAGCAAGGGCUAAAUUAUUCUAAACAGAAAAAUAUUGCAUAUACCAAUCAGAGUGGCUGUCUUAUUGAGCCUGAAAUAACUCUGAAAUCAGUUCACUUAAAUAAGACCAUUGAAGAGUCUCUGACCUAUAGGAAGAGAUACAUAUUGUCAAAAGAUGUGACUCAUGAUGCUUCUGAGAAAAGUCCUAGAAAAAGUGCGGAAAGUCAUACUAGACAAUCAAGGAAAGGGUCAACAUCCAAACUUAAUUCCUGGGUUUUGGAAAAGGUGAAAAAGAAAGAAGAAUCAAAAGAGAAUAGAUUUACUGAUGCAGCAGAAUCCUUGAUAAACCAAAUUAAUAAGAGAUACACACCAAAGGAAAGCAUGCUAUCUGCAAGAAGAUCAAAGGAAUCUUCGGUUGAGAAUGAUUUUUCAAACAAGUCUGAUCUACUACUCAGGAAGGAAAAGGUUCAGAAAAAAACUUACCGACAAUUGAAGACUACUCUUGUUAAUGUUGCUCCUCAAUGUCCAUUGAAUGAUGUUUACAACUUUAAUUUGAAUGGAGCUGAUGAACCUGUUAUAAAACUUGGGAUUCAAGAAUUGCAAGCUACAGAAGCCUACAUGGAAAAUUCAAUAAAAUUGACUGGCUUAAGGAAUCACAAUAAUACUCUCAAAACAAAAGAUAAAAGGGUAAAAAAUCAGAAAAGUAAAAAUGUCUUUAGUGAUAGUGACACAGAAAUCAGAUGUGAUGACAGCAAGACUGAUGUUAGCUGGCUAAAAGAACCAAAAAAGCCACAGCUAAUGGACUACAGCAGAACUGCAAAGGAGAAGAGGCGGAAACCUACAAAAGCAAAUGUAGAGGAAAGAACAGAAAGGGUUUUGACUCAUAAUUAUGACCGCAUAAGAAAAUUUUCAUCACCUUAUCAAAAAAUUCCAUCACCUGAGUCAGUGAAGAAUAAAUCUGGAGUUGAAGGUUCCACAGAGUCUCCCAUAAACCAUGAGAAGAAUUUCCUACAUACAAGAAAAUGUUGCUCACCAAUUCCUAAGUGCUUUUCUUUGGAGAGCUCUUCGCAGUCUUCGUUGUUCUUGUCUAGUAAUAGAAGAGAGAAAGCAGAGCAGAGCCUGCCCCCUGUCACCACCACACAGGAAUCAGGCCCUACACAUCUUACUCGCAAACGACUGUACCUAGAAGACAACCUAAGUAAUUUAAAAGAAACAGAGGAACAAGAGGAAGGAAGAGGAAGCUGUAUCCCUGCAAAACAGUCUAAAACUGAAGAUCUAGAGCCUCACUUUGACCCAAGAAAUAACUUAUGUAUUCCUGAGGAGCACUGGGAAGUUGAAAAUUCAAAUGUAGAAAUGAUUUAUGAGAAAGCCAAUACUGAAAUUAAGAAGAAAGUUAAGAUUCAUGAGAAACUGAUGAAGUAUUUUACUAAAGAGUCUUGGAAAACAGCACAACAACAUGUAAACUCAGUGAAACAUCACAUUCAGGAAUAUAGGAUAAAAAAACUUGAUAAAUUUCAAUUCAUCAUCAUAGAAGAGCUUGAGAAAUUUGAAAGAGAUUCACAAACUUUAAAAAAUUUGGAGCAAGAAUUUGCGGAAUUUUGGGAAAAGAUAUAUCAGAAAUUCACUUCCUAUCAAAAAUGUGAACAGCAGAGGCUUCACCUUUUGAAAACUUCUUUGGAGAAAAAUGUCUUCUACAACACUGAUUAUGAAGAAACUGUUUUUAAAGCUGAGAUGUGUUCAAUGAAAGAGGACAUGAAAAUGCUCCAAGAAAGACUUCUUAAGGAAAUGCAAGAAGAGGAUCUUCUAAAUGUACGCAAAGGACUGGUGUCAUUAUUUAUGACUUAUGAAUGACAUCAUUGUCCAUAGCGGAAGAGAAAGCCUGAUGAGUCAGCGGACAGAGGGAAAAAUACAUGACUCGGGGGCCCUUCAAAGAACCAGCACCUUAGACAUGACAAAGAGCAGCCAUUACCUCACCACUUGACACAUUAUUUAGAACAUUUUGGGGGGAAACCAAAUAAUAAAGGGAAUGUGAUUUUUAUAUUUGCCUUAGAUAUACACUAUCAUAUUGAGUUAACUGAACUCACUAAACUUGUUUAAUAAACUAAAAUGUAUGAGAUAUAUCUUAAAUGAAUACAGUUUGAGCUAAAUUACUAUUUUAGACGA